GGCAACACCACAUUAAGGGCGCUUGUCGUUUCCAGGGCAACUUGGGGACGCACGAGCGUGUGGAUAUUUAGUUACAACAUGAGGACAGACUGACAAAAGUUUCCUGUCUUUCUAAAUGAAUGGAAGAUCCUAUGGACAGAAAUCAAGAAGAUGGUUACCGUCCCUAAUCAGGCAGCCUAAGGCAACGGUGGCAAAGAUGGAAUAAACCUUUUGAGAGGAAAUAUCAUGUGAAUAUUAGAACAGAGGGCAUUAGAGAAGAAUGAUGAAUGCCCUCCAUUUGGGGUCGGGAGCAGUGGAGCUGUGCAGAAAAGCAGAUAAAACCUACACAGCUGGAGAUGUUCAGAGAGCUGCAUUGCUGUAUACACAUGCAUUUGGGUGCAAUGCAGGAUCCACUAUGGCCCAUAUGCACAGCUUAAACAAAACCUGUAAAGAACAGAUUAUUUCAAGUCUGGAAGCUUGGCUUGAUGGACAUGAAGUCACAGAGAAGGCCAUGGAAGGCAUUAGCAAAGGAUUGGGUGCAGUAUUCCUGUCAACCUUGUGUCCCAAUAAUGUUUCUGCUUCAGUUUUUAAAAUGGAGUCAGUCCUGCUAGGGGCUGCCCAUGGCUCUGAUGAGAUCUUUGCCCGAUGUUCAUCUCUUCUUGUGGAAAAAAGGUCAUCAUGUCCACAAGGUCCUACAAGGGUUAUUGUGGAGUUAACUAGAGCUCUUGCCUGCUUGAUUUCAGAUCCCCAUAACCCAAAAGGCCCUCUGCUGUAUCUGCAGGCUUUCCUUGCAAAUAGGUCAGAGACAGUGAGACUGGUCAAAGUUCGGCAUGUGGAGCAUUUGCCUCGAAUAGUCAAAGCCUUCUUUGAGCAAAUGUCCCCAAAGUUCCCCAUGCUCCACAAUGAGGGCAACAUGGACGACACUCUUAAUUAUGAAAAAAAGACUGAGGAUUUCCCCCUUUCUGAAUCGAUUGAAUUUUUAGUAGCUAUUUCACCUGAAAAUACACUAGUGAGGGAGCUUCAAGGAGCUGUGUUGUUUUUCUUGGGCAUAUAUGAUAAAAGUGCUGAGGCUUUGUCCCUUGCUCUGCAACUGGCUGAAUUACAGACAGAUUCAAAAACAAACCUGGAUCUGGUUCUAAUGGGAGCGACACCAGAGUGGAGAGCUAGUUUACUUGUGGCAAAAGCAGCUGCCUGUUUUUCAGCAAGUGGACGAGUGAGUGAAGCUUGCCAAGACCUUGCAGAAGGCUUUGCGGUCCACCCUGCAACAGCCAGACACCAGUUCCAGAAGAUGUUCUCUAAUAAUGACAUUGCAGCGGUGGUGCGUUUUGAAUUGCGACAUCAGGCUGAGAGAGGCUUGUCUAGCUUUAGGGAGACAGUUAUUCAGAGAUCUGACCUGCGUUCCUGCGCAGGUGUGGAGCUGCUGGAUCCUGUCAUUGCCCAACUUCGAGCUCUGUGUCAUCUGGAGCCUGAUGGAGGUCCACGGGAGCUGCGUGUCCGACUAGCAGACUGUCUGCUUCUGCAUGGAGAGUUCAAAGAAGCACUGUCCAUCAGUAGCCAGCUUGCUGCAGCCUCGCCUGUGAACUACCAGAACACCGUACAGGUACUGCGUGGCUUUUCCCGGCUCCUAACUGAGGACCACCAAGGAGCUAUGGAGGAUUUCCAGGCUGUGAUUGAACAUAGUGCUCCUCAUCCUCUGAGUUGUGUGCGUGCUCUGUGUGGAAGGGGCCUGUUGCGCAUGGUGGCUGGCUCACAUUACCUCACUGCACUCGACUACAUUACGGCAAGUCAACUUCAGCAUCAGGACACAGCACUGACCAUCAGGUGUCUGGUGCCCUGGAACUACCGUGGCCUGCUGUGCACCGUGUUGCUUGAGCAAGGGAGGGCCAUGCUGGAAGAGUUUGCAGGGCAGAGAUAUACUUCAGGUGCUAAUACAAUUCAGGAACAUCAAGUCAACAACCAUCUACCAGCUGCCAAACAGAAAAAAGACCAUCAGUCCAUGAUGACAAUAGAUGGCAACACUAUCAACAAAGAAGGAAUGCCAACAGGAGUACAUGCGCUCGCCCUUCUCUUGAUGGAGUUGCAGCAGGUUGCAGACUCACCCCAGAUCCUUGCAGCAGAUGCCCUGUACCAGCUGGGUCGUGCUGAGGAGGCAUAUCGUAUUCUCCUCUGCAUGGAGCACGCAUCUCCUCGCUCACCUGUCCUUGCCCGGCUCGCUCUGCUCCAGCUGCACCGGGGCUUCCUGUAUGAUGCCAACCAGUUACUGAAGAAGCUUAUCCACUGUGGGGACACUAGCUGUUUAAGCUCUCUGCUGUCUGUGGCAGCUCUAAAGGACAGGGCACUUCUAGAGAAACACUGUCAUUGUGCAUCAAAACGCAUCUUACAUAGCCAACAAGAGGAAAGUGCCAUUAGGGAGGCUGUGGCCUAUCUCUCUAUUGCCAUUAUGGCUUCAGGUGGCCAAGCAUCAGACUCUUUAUUGGAGAGAGCUAGAUGUUACGUUUUACUGGGCCAAAGGAAGACUGCCAUUUUUGACUUCACUGCUAUUCUUAAGGAGCACAGAAAUCAUGUCCAAGCUCUGUGUGGAAGAGGGUUCACUUAUCUAAUGUUAAACCAGCAGAAGGAAGCCAUACAAGAUAUACUAUCAGCUCUUCAUGUUGAUGAAGCAGAGGUGACUCGGCGUAUUCUGUCUUUAAAGGCCAAGUCACAGAAGCUAAUCUGUGAAUGGCUACAACAGUAUUGUCGUGCCAGUCUAUCCACCAUUCUGUCUACCAACCCAGUACCUUGCCAGCAGGAUUGUCUUAAAGAAGCCUUUCUGAUUAGUGGAGUGCUGCUAAAUACAGACAGCAAGGAUCCCAGGUGGCACCUUCUCUACAUAGAUACCUUGCUUGCCCGAGGGGACUUGAAGGCAGCAAGUACGCACCUCCUGCGGAUCUUUGGUCAGGAGCCUCAUGACGCAGCAGCCCAGGCCAGAUGGGGAGUAGUGGAGAGUUGGAAGAAAAAUUACAGAUCAGCAGUCAAGUGCUUGAGUGUAGUGUCUGAGAAAGAUACCUCUGUGUUAGUCUUUCUCCUGACUCUCAUUCAGCCUCAACAAAAGACACGUCUAGCACAGGCAGCAUCACAGGAGGCUAGCAGAGUCUCAGAGAGUGGUUUGUGGGAACGUGCAGUGGCUCUGCUGACUGUGGCAGUGCAAGCCCUGGAUGGUACAAAGCUCCAGCACCUGCGCCAGCGGGCAGCAUGCCUUGCACAGCUGGGUCUCCAUGAGCAGGUAGUGUCAGAUCUCAAUAGGGUCAUGCUUUCCCACAGCCAGGAAAGCAGUGACGAGGCCAAGGUUAAGGCAGAGGAUCUGUGCAGAAGGGCACGGAGUCUGUUGAUGUGCUCCCGAGACGAGGAAGCUCUAAGCGACUUCUCUCAGGCUUUGGAGCUGCAUGUAGAGCAGGCACUGCUGUGUGUAGAGGCUGGACCAGGAAGACAUGGCCUAGCCGAACUCUUUCUACGUUUCGCCCUGCAGAAUUUUGGAGAGCAGCAGCUGGACAAGGCCUGGCGCUUCACAGAGAGUGGCUUGAGGGUAGACAGCAACCAUGCUGAGCUGCGCCGUCUCAAAGCCAGAAUUAAACGAGAAUUCUCUGGAACAUGUAUAGUACACUAAAAAAUUAAAUGCAUUGGGUUUAUGUUUAUGUAGCAUAAAUAUUAAGAUGCAAGUUAUAUGGCUUUCUAAAUUAUGAUUUUUUAAAAUCCCUGUUUAUCACAUUUUCAUGUUUUUUUGUGAAUAAAUGGUUAAUCAUAUGAUCAUACAUGAUCAUACAUUUCAUAUUGCUCACAUCAUUAUAUAUAAAACCAAACCUUUAGUUUCAGUUGGAAAAGAUAAAUGAUUUGAAUAAAAAAUAGGAAACCACUUUGUAAUGGAAUGAAAAUAAAAAAUAGUUUCUGAACACAGAGUUCACUAUUUACACAGAGCUGUAUAAAUCAUGUAGCAGUUUUUUUAUAUGUUUUUUUUGUGACUUUGUGUAAUGCUCCAAUCAAUUUCAUAUUGUUUAGUUCCCCUUUGUUCAGGGCGUGCCCAAUUUAUUCACUUGCAAAUUUACAGAAGCAUGUUUGAUCUAGAAACACUUCAUAGUAGAUAGUGAUCUUGUACUCAUCCCACCCUGUUCUACACCAUACUAUCUUAAAACCUCUCGCAUGACUCAGCUGGACCUGUUGCUGCUGAAGGUACAUGAAGACACAUUAAGUCUCUCUGUCCUGUUACCCAGGUUGUGGAAUGAACUUCCCCUGUUUGUCUGAACAGAUGAGUCACUGGCUGAGUCAGGAAGACUGAAGACAUACUACCUCUUCACCAAACCCUUGAAUUAGCUCAUAGUUAAAAAAUAACCUCUUGAUCAUCUCUAUUUUCUUUUCUUGCUCUGCUUGCUUUCCCCUAGUAGGGUUUUUGCUCGAUGGAAUUUACAAAGGCUAACCUAUUAAACUAAUAUAAAUAAGUGUUUAUUUAUUAGAUACUGUAAUACAAAACAUUUUUGUUGGCAGUAUUGGAUAUCUGAUAUUUAUUAUUUGCCAUUACGAUAAAUACUAAUAUAAGAAGAGCAAGUGCCUACAAAAGCAAUUAGUUGAUUUAUGGCUCUUUGAACUAAAUUAAUAUAUUUUUCAUCAGUAAAUAUGCAGAUUGUUUGCCAAAAGCAGCUCUUAUUCAGCACAACAAACCAUCAUUUCCCAAACGUACACAAAGACAACAAUAUUAUUUUUACUUUCUUUAUUCUAAAUGGGCAAACCAGUACGACUGUCUUAAUAAAUGCUGAAGAAUGUAUAUCAUUGUUAAUGUUAAAGCAGAUUAUUUGCUUUAACAUUAACAAUUAUAAACACACGCACGCACGCACGCACGCACGCACGCACGCACACACACACACACACACACACACACACACACACACACACACACACACACACACACACACA